CCUCCAAACUAUCAUCAAUGAGACUCCUCGGAGGAAGAAGGGGAAAGAGCCAAGCUGCAGCCGGGAUUUGUGGUGGUGGCGGCGGCCGCAGCAACAGCUUUUAAAAAAGGCACCAAAGGGAAGGACGUCUGGAAAGUCCCUCCCACGCCCCCCCAAGUUUAUGAUGGGGGGCUGAAUGAGCAGCCCUGCUCCGGAGCAGCUGCUGGCACGGUGAAAACUUCCUGGGUUCUCUCUUUGGGGUUCCUGAGCUGGAAUAUGCGCAUCUAAGAUGGAAACUUCCAAUUCAACUGCUGCUGGGAAAAAAGAAGGGAAAGGUGCAAUUCUGGAGGGGAAUGGCUUUCCUGAGACAGGGAAGAAAUCUGCUCCCUUAGCAGCAGCAGCACAAGGAGUUCCGCAGCACGUUUUUCCAGCGUUCCAUGCUCCCUUGCCAAUUGACAUGCGUCACCAGGAAGGAAGGUACCAUUAUGAACCUCACUCCAUCCAUGCUAUUCAUGGGCCUCCUACCCUCAGUGGCAGCCCCGUUAUCUCCGACAUCUCCCUUAUUCGCCUUUCUCCUCACCCAGCAGGACCUGGUGAAUCGCCUUUCAACCCCCCUCACCCGUACAUGAACCCCCAUAUGGAACAUUACCUCCGCACCGUGCACAGCAGUCCCACUCUCUCCAUGAUCUCUGCUGCCAGAGGCCUCAGCCCUGCUGAUGUGGCUCAUGAGCAUCUAAAAGAGAGAGGCCUCUUUGGUUUGCCGCCUCCCCCUCCAGGAGCCAACCCUGCCGACUACUAUCACCAGAUGACGCUCAUGGCCAGCCAUCCGAAUCCUUACGGGGACCUCCUGAUGCAGAGUGGGGGAGCAGCUAGCACGGCGCAUCUUCAUGAUUACCUCAGCCCUGUAGAUGUGUCAAGAUUUUCAAGCCCAAGGGUUACUCCAAGAUUAAGCAGAAAGCGAGCCCUCUCCAUAUCCCCGCUGUCUGAUGCCAGCAUUGAUCUUCAGACAAUGAUCAGGACCUCCCCUAACUCCCUGGUGGCUUAUAUUAAUAACUCCAGAAGUAGUUCUGCUGCUAGUGGCUCCUACGGCCAUUUAUCUGCAGGGGCAAUAAGUCCAGCAUUCAGCUUCCCCCAUCCCAUCAACCCGGUGACUUACCAGCAGAUCCUGAGUCAGCAGAGAGGCUUGAGCUCAGCAUUUGGACAUACGCCACCUUUGAUCCAGCCAUCUCCCACGUUCCCUCCACGACAACACAUGGCAGUUAUCUCUGUCAACCCAGCUCCCACUCAGAUCAGUAAUAACAACAGCUGCAUCUCUGACUCUAACCAGAACAAGCAGAGCAGUGAGUCAGCCGUGAGCAGCACAGUCAAUCCAGUAAUUCACAAGCGCAGCAAAGUCAAGACUGAAGUUGAGGGUAUGCCACCAGCUUCCCCAGCCACACAGGAGCAUCUGACAGACCUGAAAGAAGAUCUGGAUAAGGAUGAAUGUAAACAGGAGCCUGACGUUAUUUAUGAGACAAAUUGUCACUGGGAAGGGUGCAUAAAGGAAUAUGACACUCAGGAGCAGCUCGUCCAUCACAUCAAUAACGAUCACAUCCACGGGGAGAAGAAGGAGUUUGUCUGCCGCUGGCAAGACUGCACUCGGGAGCAGAAGCCAUUCAAGGCUCAGUACAUGUUGGUGGUGCACAUGCGAAGACACACUGGAGAAAAGCCACACAAGUGCACGUUUGAGGGUUGCGCCAAAGCCUAUUCCCGACUGGAGAACUUAAAGACACACCUGAGAUCUCACACUGGAGAAAAGCCGUACGUCUGUGAACAUGAGGGCUGCAAUAAAGCCUUUUCCAACGCUUCGGACAGAGCAAAGCACCAGAACAGGACGCAUUCCAAUGAGAAACCCUAUGUCUGUAAAAUCCCGGGCUGCACAAAGAGAUACACGGACCCCAGUUCCCUCAGGAAACACGUCAAGACUGUGCAUGGGCCCGAUGCCCAUGUCACAAAGAAGCAGCGCAACGACGUUCACCCACGGCCGCCUCCCCUCAAGGAAAAUGGCGACAACGAAGCAAGUGCCAAGCAGAGUAGCAAGGUGUCAGAAGAGAACACUGAGGCUAACAGCACCACCAGAGGCAUGGAGGACUGCUUACAAGUCAAAACAAUAAAGACCGAGAAUUCUGUGAUGUGUCAGUCCAGUCCUGGUGGCCAGUCAUCAUGCAGCAGUGAACCAUCACCACUUGGUAGCACCAACAACAAUGACAGUGGAGUAGAAAUGAACAUGCACAGUGGGGGAAGCCUGGGAGACCUGACCGCACUGGAUGACAACGUUCCUGUUGUGGACUCGACAGUCUCAUCGGGCAAUUCAACAGUCAGCCUUCAGCUAAGGAAACACAUGACAACGAUGCAGCGACUUGAACAACUCAAGAAGGAGAAACUCAAGACGGUUAAGGAUUCCUGCUCAUGGGUGAGCCCAGCUCCACAAGUCAGAAACACCAAGCUGCCUCCCAUACCAGGAAAUGGCUCUAUCCUAGAAAAUAUUGGUGGUUCCUCUGCUACACUGCCUAAUCCUAGAAUAACGGAGCUGUCUGUAAAUGAGAUUACGAUGCUGAAUCAGCUCAAUGAACGCCGUGACAGUACGACAAGCACCAUCAGCUCGGCCUACACUGUCAGUCGCAGAUCAUCGGGGAUUUCCCCUUACUUCUCUAGUCGCCGUUCCAGCGAAGCUUCGCAGUUUGGGAAUCGUCCCAACAACACGAGCUCUGCCGACUCCUACGACCCGAUUUCUACGGACGCGUCACGCAGAUCGAGCGAAGCCAGCCAGUGUAGCGGCAUACCAGGCCUUCUCAACCUCACGCCAGCUCAGCACUACAGGCUGAAAGCCAAGUACGCUGCUGCCACGGGGGGCCCUCCUCCCACACCUCUACCUAACUUGGAAAGAAUGAGUCUGAAGAACAAGAUCUCUCUUCUCGAUGGGCCGGAUCCUGCUUUGCCUUCAUUUCGCCUCCCUCCUGGGCCAAGACGCUGUAGCGAUGGCAGCACUUAUGGGUACGCAGCAGCCCCGGCUUUUCCCCAUGACGUGUCAGGUAACAACACAAGACGCGCGAGUGAUCCUGUGAGGAGACCCGCCGCAGAUCCACUGUCCCUCCCUAGAGUCCAUCGCUUCAAUAGCACCAACAGCAUGAAUCCCCUCCACCCACCACAUCCUGCGGACAGAAGGAACUGCAGCCUUUCAAAUUACACACGUUCUGAUGGGAGCCUUCCCAGGCACGUCUAUUCACCUCGACCUCUGAGCAUUAGUGAAAAUAUUACCAUGGAAGCAAUGUCAGGUGAGACGGAGGGCCCCAUUGGAGAAGAUGACAUUAUGCUGCCAGAUGAUGUAGUGCAAUAUAUCAAAUCUCAGAACAAUGGGACAGCUGUAGAAAACACUUCCAUAGGGUACAGUAAUGAAAUGCUAAACUUCCAAGGCAAUGGGAAACUGCAACAUCAGAACUUGUCUAGCCAGCACAGGAUGGCUGGAACUGAUGCAAGCGUGAACCAUUUGGGUCCAGGGGUGACAGAAUGCCACAUGAGCUUUGGUGCUCCCUCGAACAUGAGCAAAAACAACAUGCCCGUCCAGUGGAAUGAGGUUAGCUCAGGUACCGUUGAUGUUAUGUCUAACCAAUCGAAGCAACAGUUUUCUCAAGGAAACUUAGCUGUUGUCCAGCAGAAGCAGAACUUUGGUCAGUAUCAGAACUUUAACCAGCAGCAAAUGCAGAUGAGUCAAAGCGGCAUGAAUGUAACACAGCAGAAUUUUAUGCAAAGAAAUGUGAGCAUGGAUGGACAAAGGCUAAACUGUAUGCAGCUGAGGCAGCAGCAGAUAAAUCCAGGCCCUAAUAUGAACUCCGAUUUGAGCCUGCACCAAGGGUAUAACCAGGCUCAUCAAAUGCUGAGCCCAAAUGCAAUCAGUGGAGAUCCAAACCAGCUUUCCCCUUCUUGUAGCAACAUGGUAGUGAAGUCUGGAUCCCACGUUCAUCCUCAGCAAAUGGACGUUGCGACAGAUCCCUCUUUAAUGGUCAACAGUAAUAGACUGACUCAGGUCAUGCAUGAACAAAGUCAGCAGAACUAUUCAUCUCAGACAAAUCCCAUGAAUUUCCCCAUGACUCAGGAGGUGUUUUAUCAGCCCCCUUCUUUAAUGACCUCAAAUCAGCCAAACUUUGAGCCCCAACAGAGCAUAAUGGGUUCAGCUGGCCAGACCUACACUCCUGGAAUGGUACAGCCUCAUCCUCCACCUGACCCUAGUCCAGUAAACAGGCAUAGAGGGAUACGCAACAUGCAGCAACUCGGUUACAUGAGAACUCCCCACCCUACUAACGCCAUGAGCCCUGGCCAGGAAACAGCAAAGGCCACUCCGAAAAGAACCAACAAUAUGGUGUCCGUGCAGGCUCAGCAAUGUGCAAACAGCACGAGGGAAAACAAUUUGAUGUACUAUUAUGGUCAAAUCCACAUGUAUGAACAAAAUGGAAACUUUGAUAACCAUGUGGACUGUAGAGUGGGACAGCAGCAGUGUGCCUUGAAUAUCAAGCCAGCUGCCAUGCCGUCUCCCGGAGCUAACCAGGUGUCAAGCACAGUGGACUCACAGGGUCUGGAGCCUGCUCAGAUAGAUUUUGAUGCCAUCAUGGAUGAUGGAGACCAUUCAAGCCUGAUGUCAGGAACCCUCAGCCCUAGCAUUCUGCAAAAUCUCUCCCAGAACUCCUCUCGCCUUACAACUCCACGGAACUCUCUGACACUGCCGUCCAUACCAGCUGGAAUAAGCAACAUGGCGAUAGGUGACAUGAGCUCCAUGCUAACCACCCUGGCAGAAGAGAGUAAAUUUCUUAACAUGAUGUCCUAAUGAUAAAGCCCCACGGUUUAUCCCAGGGACUUUACACAAAGCAGUUUUAUGAAUGUGCUUUUUAAAAAUAAUCAGUUUCUAUAGAGUAGCAUUUUUGAGAAGUAUUAAAUACAUUAAAGGGAUUCAAAGUAAAAAAUGUCUCUGUACAGACUUAUGUAAACUAUCUAAAAGCAGUUUAGCACCAAGAGUGCAACCUCUAGUAUUAUUUUUUUGCUUGGUUUUUCAGGGGUCUGAGCAACGCCACCGCCAAAUGAGAAUAUUGCAUAAGAAUGGUUAAAAAUGAAAUCUUUUCCUCCGUGUUUGCCACCUCCCUUUGUUUUCUUUUAGUUAUGUCUGCAAAAAGCCCAUUCUCAACGCAUGUCAGAAACAAAUGGAGGGGUGUCUUUUUGAUCUGAAUAAAAGCCAUACUGCGUAUUCUGCUCCAGUGAGAUAAGCAUUUAGUUACAUCUCCCCAAAAGUCCACUUCCAGCAAUAUCAUUAUAAACUGUUCUUUGUACCUUGCGACUUUGUAGAAAAGCAUCAGUUCCAAACAGCUUCUCAGAAAA